AUGGCUACCCCCAGUGUCCUUACCUUUGAUGCUGAGGGUCGUGCUGUUGACUUUGAGGUCUGGGUCGAUGACCUCCAGCUGUUCCUACAGUGCGAUAGGGCAGACGGACUCUCUCUGUUCGUUCUCACCUCUGGUGCCUCUCCUGCCCCACCUGCUACUGCUGACAGCACUGUUUGCUCACAGUGGGCCACACGUGAUGCUGCUGCCCAUCUUGCUGUGCGUCGCCACUUACCGACAACUGAGCUCAGGGACCACUUCCUCUCAGUUUGCCCCACCACACUCACCGUUGACCUCCUCGAGGAGCGUCUCAUAGCAGCAGAGAAGAGCAUAGUCGCUGUAGGAGCCUCUCGUGGUGACCCUCGCACACCCGUCUUUGAGGGGUGUUCCCCCUCCCCCCUCUUUCCCUCUGAUGCUUAUGUUGCCGCGGCCGACCUCGUUGGUUUUGAGUCAGUCGGCGCUGCGUCUGCCCCAGGCGGGAGACGCCGCACCGGCAAGGGCAAGGGGGGCAAGGGCGUUGGAGGGGCUCGCGUGGGCGGUGGAGGUGGUGGUGGAGGCAGUGGAGGGGGUGGGGGUGGUGGUGGGAGUGGUGGCGUGGGUGGAGGUGUCGGUGGCAGCAGUAGGGGCGGAGGAGGCGGCGGCGGUGGCAGAGGGAGUGGAGGCGACGGAGGUGGUAAAGGCGGCGGAGGUGGCGGAGGCGGCGGAGGCAGCGGUGGAGCUGGUCGCAACUCUGCGCAGAGGAGUGGCUAUGGUGGUGGUCUGCGCCAGCAGCAGCGGCGCAGUCGUGAGACCCCGUCCCCCCAGCAGCUUCGUGAGUGGUAUGCUGGGCGUCAGCAAGCUCUAGGUGCUGGUGAGGCUGCUGCUCUAGGUACUAGUGCGUCUGCUGCCCCAGGUGCUGGUGAGUCUGCUCUCUCAGGUACCACGUCGGCUCAGGCCUUACAUACCUUCACCCUUGACUCAGGUGCUUCCCGCUCCUUCUUUCGAGACCGCACCACGCUUACGCCACUUAGUCGGCCGGUUGCGGUCUCCCUAGCGGACCCCUCUAGGGGUCCUCUCCUUGCUAGCUUCUCAACUGUCUUACCGUGCACGGCAGCCCCCUCUGGCACCAUGUCAGGUCUCUACCUCCCCUCGUUCUCUACGAACUUGGUGAGUGGAGCUGACCUACAGGAUAGUGAGGUUGACUAG